UUUUCUAAAUGCCGGCUUGGCGCUUACGGAGUUAAAGCUUGUGGCUUGGCAACAAUAGUCACCAACUGAUCAUAAAUAGACACUCUUCCCAGAAAACUAUGUAUCAAGUAAGUAUGAGAUAAAAUUUUGGCGAAGCUUGGCUGCUAAAACCCGCAAUCCAUCUUCAAGGUGAGCAUUGAGGAGAAAUAUGUAUACUGGCUUCGCAAUCUUCUUCUCUAUAUUGAUAUUUAUUAACCUGGUGGGAAAUACCCUGGUGAUUCUCGCAGUUAGCCUAAACAAGGCCAUGAGAUCUCCAAUCAACUAUUUGCUGAUCAACUUAGCAACCGCUGACAUGAUUGUGGCGCUGUUUAUAGGAAUACCAUUCGUCGUUACACCUACCCUCACCCACCCCGAGGGAAAAUCAGGCGACAUUCUCUGCAAGCUGUUCACCGGUGGUAACGUGGGAUGGGUGGGUGCGCUGGCUUCUGUUUUCACUCUGGUGGCUGUCGCAAUUGAGCGGUACGGCGCUGUGUUAUAUCCUCAUAGCCAGAAAGGAAAACUAACAAGAACCAGGUUAACAGUCCUUAUUGCCACUUGCUGGACGCUUUCUGCUUUGUGGGCUAUCCCAGGGUUCAACGCGAUCACGUAUAUGCCGAAAAUAAAAAGUUGUGCGCACAGCUGGUCGAAGCCAAUCUAUGCGCAGUUUUACACGGUUGGGUGGUCUGUGGUCGCCGGUGUCAUUCCUAUAGGAAUACUGGGAGCGCUUUACUCGAGAAUGGUGUACCACCUGUGGCUCAGGAAGGACAACAUUAGGGAAGCGACUCAGAAGGCUUUGAAACGCCACCGGAAACGCGUCACAAAGAUGGUCGUUGUUGUGACAGUUAUUUACGUUUUGUGCUGGGUUCCUGAACUGUUAAUAUACUUUCUGGGUUUUACGGGCACCAUCACUCUUGUAGGAGUCCAUCACGCGAUUGCUUCAGCCUUGAUCGUGUUCAACUCCAGCGUGAACCCGAUUGUGUACAGCUUACAGAGCAGUCAGUUUAGGAAACACUUGACUGAUUUGAUCUUCUGUAAGCGUAACAGGGUGGCACCCGUGAGUUCUACUGCCACGGCAAGCACAGGAAAACGAAAAGAUUUGGAAAUGGAAGGCGAAACAAACAUGACAGUACAUCCAAGUCAAGACGUAGAGUCAGUGACAGUGACGUAGAAAAUGUUCAUAUGAACAUUGUAGCCCUAAGGAACAGGGAGACCAGGAUGAGCACUGUUCAAAUUGGGAAUCUUGUGCUCAGUCAAAGAAGGAAAGAUGAGGUUGAGCAGAGAAAAUGAUUGAGUCGCCUUCAGUACAUUGCCCAGGACAAAAGAGCGUACUUUAUAUCAUAUUUGCUUUAAUAUUACAGACUCACACUUCCUCAUAAGUAUUCAUUCCUUCGGUGUGAAGAUGUUUGUUCUCUUAAGGAGGGGGGGGGAGAGGGGGGUGUGACAAGCCUUUGGAAGUUUUAGGUGCACAAAUCAUACACUUUUUGAUAGAUACACAGAAAAACAGAAGCUCCAUAACAAACCCAGCAAUACAGAUUGUGAAGUUCAUGCGAGUUCCUGCAGAAUUAUUUAUUGUGAACAUACACAUGUAUAAAAUGACAUAUUAAAUAACUGAACCAGCCAUAUAUUGCUUUAUGUUCCCAAAUGGUCCUGUUAUGGACCUGGGACACUUGUGUUUCACACACAACUCACAAAUAGAAGGAAAAUGUGUUUCCCUUAACCUUUUAACUCCCAAGAUUUCAUUAGUAAUUCUCCCUUUUUCCUGCCAUAAAAUACUUACCAUUUCAAUUUGGAGAAUUUGGUAUUGGAUCAACUUGUAGUUCCUUAAUUGAGUUUUUUCUUUAUUCUCCUCACUUGUCUGCUUGAUUCUGUGGUGAUAUUGUAAGGAGAAAUUCUUUCUUGAUCACUCAUGGGAGUUAAAGGGUUAAAGAACAAAAAUUUAAGGCAAAAAAUAAAUAUUUUCUGCAUUUUCAUGCAUUAGGGUUGAAAACGUUUUAGUUUCCUUGACAACUUUCCCUGCAAACCUUUUGUUUUAGAAAGGAAAAAUAGAAAGAUUUAACUCUGUAACUUCCAGUGAUUAACAUGUAACUUCUCCUUGUAACAUCCAUACUGUAUUCAGCCAACACUAGGUUAUAACAAUGCUCGAACGUACCAGGUAGAAAUUGUUAUCUUGAUCUAUUAUCAAAUCUUUGUGACUAAUUUACAAGAAAAUGCUUAGCAGGUAGAAGGGAAAAUCAACGAUCAGAUCCAGGAGUUAAAUGGUUAAGCAUUAUGUAUAUAACUUACAAUGUAUCAAAAUUUUUUAGAUUACUUACCAUGCAUUUCUGUUGCAGAUAUUUAAACAUAUUACAAAUUUAAAGAUAAUAUUAACAGUAACCAUAGUAACCAUACUGAUAAAUGUAGCAUCCUUAAAAGAAGUGCCAUUUAAAAAUGCUUCACGUACAAAAUUGUAUCAGCAAUAUUUAGAUUGUAAUUGGGUUUAAUAAAGGUUUAAUCAGCAGAGUGUUUUGGAAAUGUUUCCU